UGUGCGUGCUUGCACUGUCAGAGCCAACAGCAGCGAGCAGCCAGUAAGAAGCCCGCAAGAGACAAGAUGGCACAACUACCCCGCCGGAUUCUCAAGGAGACUCAGCGUUUGAUUGCAGAGCCAGUCCCUGGCAUCAAGGCAGAACCAGAUGAGGGGAAUGCCCGCUACUUUCACGUGGUCAUUGCAGGACCUCAGGAUUCACCCUUUGAGGGCGGGACAUUUAAACUUGAACUUUUUUUACCGGAGGAAUAUCCCAUGGCAGCUCCUAAAGUACGAUUCAUCACCAAAAUAUAUCACCCGAACGUAGACAAACUUGGAAGGAUAUGUCUCGACAUUUUAAAAGACAAGUGGUCACCAGCCCUGCAGAUCCGGACAGUGCUGCUAUCAAUCCAGGCGCUACUCAGCGCACCCAAUCCUGACGAUCCUUUAGCAAACGACGUCGCAGAGAAGUGGAAAUCCAAUGAACACGCAGCCAUAGAGACAGCCAGGGAAUGGACCAGGCUUUACGCUUGGAACAAAAAUGGAAUGUAAAUGAAACCAUGAAGCACUUGGGAGCAGCACUCAUGUUUUGCCAAAAAAAAAGAAGAAAAGAAAAAACCCUCUUUUUUCAUUUAAAGGACACAUGCUAUUAUUGUAAAGGGAACAAAAACAACUGCUGACAAUUGGUGCACAUUCGUAUUGAAAUAACUUGUCCUUGUCCUAACUCAUUGCUGCUGAGGCGUUUGGGCAGAGAGUUCCAUCACCUGCUUUCUUCUCACAUGGAUGCUGGCACCUGCUUCACGAACAAGUGUGCUAGAGGGGUAAACUGUGUUGUAUGUCCUGCAUUAAGGGAGGGGUACUGGGUCGUGGUACAACACGAAUCACUGUAGAUGUGUUCUGUGUCCCUUUGUUUUAAAAUCUACUCUUACUAAUGUUUGUCUUCACCUCCAUAACAAAACUAUCUUUGACUAACACCAGGGUUUGUUUACGUAUUAGGACUAAACAUCAGUCAGAGUCUGCUUCUAUUGCAUUUGUGUUCUUGACCUCUGUUGUGUGCUCAGUUAAGGUUCGGGAUGAAGGGAUAGCAAGGAAAGGGUGAGGUUUUGCACCAUGUUCUUUUGUUUUAUUUCAUAUCCAAUUUUCUGCAUAUGUGAAUACUCACCAUGAUAACCACUCCUCUUGGGCUUCUUAACACUUCCAACAUGAGCUCAUUGCAUUGUAAUAACAGGACUUUGAAUAAAGAGUAAUGGAGUGUGAGAGGGUGUUAAGUGAAGCUGGACUCUGCCUUGUGGUUGCGUUUUCUCCAACCGUGCUUUCGCCAGUUUAUACCAGAUACGUCUCUGUGUCAUUCAGACAACUGACCGUGGUUUGUUUCGAAGUUUUGUUCGAACAUAAUAUAUAAAUAGCAAAAACAUAUUGUGCCUGUAGUUGAGUGGUAUGAUGCUGUAUCCGUGCAUGUCAGGAGAGGGCAGAAAAGCACCGGUGGUAACAAGCUAAGGCGCCGGUUUGUGAAUUGAGUCCGCCAUGACCGACAGUUCUUUCUGGACAGUGCAGUUGCGAACUGCAAAGAGCGGCAGCGAGACCGCAGCGAACAUUUACCACAGUGGAUUAGGAUGGCGGUACUGUCAUGCUACACAAACGUAACCGGUGUAAAUUGAUCUUGAUGGUGGCCUUGUGCCGAAAUGUCUGUAAUAAAUUCAUUGUUUUUGUAAAAUCAUAAACUAUAAUAUUCCGCAGGAAUGUCUUCCUGCUGUCAGAAUGUGGAAACAACCCACCUGCGUACUUGUUGUUCUGUAAAUAUAAUC